GUCGUCACCAAGAAGCUUCUUUGCGAUAAGUCGUUGAAUGUUUCGCACUCUUCCCCCCAGUAUGGUUUCGUCGUCCCUCAGUGGUGUAUCUGUCGUUGCCCUCGUAGGAGGAGAGCAGUGUCGAGCUUGUACUGCACAUUCAGGUUGAGAGCAAUUACGAAAAAGCAGCGUCUGCAACUCCUCUUUCCGAUUUUCGCUUCAACAUCGCUGGGUAUACUUAGACCGUGAGAUCUUAAGUAGUGGACUUUCAGUUUCUAGAUGUAAUGGAAGCAGGGAAAACGAAAAAAAAUUCGACUAUGUCGCUGGAAUAGCUGGAAAACCACCUCAUGGCCGCAGCAGCUGCUGGUUCCGCAAAUAUGUCGCAAGAACAGCCGGCACAGCAUGCCGCACCAGCGGCAGGGGUGCGGCCGGGCGAUGUUGUCGAAAUAGACCCGCGCGUGAUGUUCCUUGUCGACACGAUGUGUUGCAGCACCCUCAGCUCUGUGAGAGAGGUCAUCACCCUGAUAAACUUCAAAUUGCGACCGCCCGAGCAAACCCAGCAAUUGCAGAUCGCCCCGUAUCCGACGUGGGACGAGAUAGUGACGAAAGCAGAAGCGGCGGGCGCGAAGAUGAUCGAGGCUAGACGCUACAUCAUGAGGUACCGCUCGAACCUCCAGGACGAACUUCGAAGCAGGACGCCCGCGCGCGGUGCAGAGAAGGAUAUUCUGGUGUUUACUCCGAUUGAAGAGGCGAUGUUGGACCUUUUUUGCAACUACGUGUUUCGGAGCUACUGUGCAGAGAAGUUUUCUCUGUGGUGGAAGUUAGAUGCCGUACUGGACUACAUCCUACAGGAGGAGAAGGACGACUUCGACCAGCAUGAAGCUCUGCAGGCGAAAAAGUGGAGUGACCGUGCGGUCGCGACGCUGCUGGCGCGGGUGAAGGAGGUAGAAACGUUGGAGCAACAGGUGAAUCUGUUUCUCGAGGCGGAUGUAACCUACAAAUCAGUCGGUGAGUACACUAGGAAACUGGAAGAAGUGUUGUGCUCAAGAAGCCUCGUCGGAGCUACACCAGUAGGGAAAAUGUUUGAGGCCACUCUGACGGGUCUGCAGCAUUUCGGGACAGAUCUGCUCAGCAAACUCUGCGGCUGGGCUGGUUACCUCAAGGCUGCUCUGUGCAUCGCGAUAACGUACAUCGACCUUUAUUUCUUUGCCGAGUAUCACAUUGUGCUGCAAUGGAUUCCACGUGUAGUAAAGAAGAUAUGCUAGUAGAAUGAAAAUUGUAGUUGUAGUGACAUGUCUAUCCAAAACAACCAAACCAGGGCCAUCGUUUUGGCGGCUCUCAUGGUGUUUGCGGGCUUUGCCAACGCGCGACCGGGCGACGCGGAUUUCACCCCGUUUGUCCGCGGCGGCUUUUUAUUUGAACCACCGCGAUUCUAGGGCGACGAGAACACCGAGAGACAAGCAGGCGGACUUCUCAACAAGACGUAUCAUCUCAUUGGCAAACGACGGAAGCGUGAGCACGGCGGUGGAAUCCGCAAUCGUACCAGCGGAUCAGAAGAAUUGAUGAAGUCGGCGAUUACAAGUUUUAGAAAACCGUUGUAGGAAAGCAGAACGGUAAAAACCGGGUGGAUCGGGCUGCAGAAAGUGUCUAUUUCCGUUUAUCGUGCUUUUUCUUGUGCUGCAAAAUUAUUGAAGAGUUUUGGGUACAAAAUAAUGUUUGUAAGAUGUUUAUUUGUCGUUGUCCUGCCUCCAGAUGACCGCAAUGUACGAACAAUCAUCUGUUUUGAGCUACUUCGCUAGAAGGCUGAAUGCCAUGGUCAGGACUGACCAUCAUUAGCACGACGAGAAUGAAUAAAGCCAGUUGUGAUGAACAAGGACUAUAAAAUUACAAAUAUUGUUUCGCGUCGGCUUCGGGCUCAAAUAGUCGCAUCUCAAAUAUGAGCGUCGGGUAAGCAGUGCUGUGGUUAUCUGUGCGCCACCCGCGCAGCAGUCUCGGU